ACAGUCAGUGUUCGAAAUUCCUCAAGGCGCAAGUGACGUAUACCCUAGUCAAAAGCAGUCUCGUAAAAAUAAAAUUCCUUUCUAUCCGCGGACCGUGAAUUACCAGGAAAUUACCAAUUUUAUCGGUUCAUGUCGCGAUUCUCUGCCCAAAAACCCCUCUAAAAUGUGCCGGAACGUGUAGUGACCACCACCAGCUAUGGCAUUCCUGUGCCCCGUUCGGAUACGGCGGGGAAAGAAGAAAAAACCAAUCGGUAGCGACAUCGACAAGGACUUGUCUAGCAGCUUAGGUUUGAACCAUGGAAUGGGUCGCAUCACCGGCUCGGCCAGCAUCGAAACGCUGGUCCGAGUGGGCAUCGAGAAGGAACACGGCCUUUCUCCGGACAGUAAGAUGGUCGUGUUGCAUGACUUUACUCCUUGCGUGGACGACGAGUUGGAAGUUAAACGAGGCCAAAUUGUGAACAUUCUCUACCGGGAGAACGAUUGGGUAUACGUUAUUGGUCAGGAUACCCGGCAGGAGGGCUUCAUACCGCACUCGUACUGCGCUCCAUUCAACACACAGCUGGCGGAUUUAGCCAUCAAAAAGAAGCUGCCACGUGAUGUGUCCGUUGGGCUGGCAAAUAACGACCUGACUGACGGCAUACCGGACAUCAACAUCGACGUGAUUGAUGACAGCACAUCCGGGUUGGUUGGAUUGACCAAUUCGCUGAAACACUCGCAGGCGAGUCUUAGCUCUGAGCCUGAUUUCUUGCCAUUUUCAAAGGACCCCAGCGGUCGUUAUAUUGUACUAUACACUUUCAUCGCUCGGGACGAGAACGACGUCUCGGUCGAGCGGGGCGAAUUUGUGACGGUGUUGAAUCGUGAAGAUCCGGAAUGGUUCUGGAUAGUGCGAAGCGAUGGACAGGAAGGCUUCAUUCCUUCCGGAUUUGUAUACCCUGCGGAGAACAUUCUGCAAGGUCAGGCGAAGCAAAAUCUUGCCGGAGGAAACCCUCCGAACACAAACGGGAAUUUAGGGGCAAAUGAUACGAAUGCAAGCAUACCACAGAUGAAUGGUGGUGUUAAUAAUUUAGCUGGUAAUGGAGGAUUAAACACGGCUCAGCAACAGCAGCAGCAGCAGCAACAACAACAACCACAACAACCUGGUAUUGGUUCGGAUGAUCUACGGUAUCACGGGACGGAGCUAGUUAUGUUAUACGACUAUAAGGCACAAGCACCGGAUGAUCUAUCGGUCCGACGAGGAGACUGGAUUUACGCUGACCUGAACAACCAAACUGUAGACGGCUGGCUUUGGGCUUACGCCCCCAAAACGAGGAAGUACGGAUUCAUUCCCAAGGCGUACGCCCGACCACCGGCCAUGACCAGUUUGUAAUGCAAGAAUCUGGACUUUGUUAAGCAAACUACGUUUUAAGUUAUCGAAUAUUUGUUUGUAAAGAAUGCAUAUGGCAAUUCGCUCUAAAAAAAUUAUCAAUCUACUUCCGCAAUCGCAUAAGAAAUCUUUAAACUGUAGAUUGUAAAAUGCAAAAGUACUUAAUCAAAAAAACAUUAUACAAUUUAAUACUCUACUAGUAACUAAUUUUAUUUUAUUUUAUACACGAAAUAAACAAGUUUUUAUAACAAAGCAUA